AUGGCUCAGGUCUGUCCCCGACUCAGUCUCGCGGAGCGCGACGAAGCGGAGGAGUCGAAGAGCAAGGAUGAGGAGGGGGAGAGAACAUCUUCGCAGCGGACUUUUUACGAGUCCUUACUAUCCGUUCUUGCUGAUUGUGGCUACACCUGUAGACGGGCUGCUGCCGUAGACGCGGAAAGCGGCCGUGUUGUAGUGGUCGAAGAUGCUGCUCCCACGAGCAGCUCAAAAUUGCAGCUAGAGAAUGCCUUCCCCGUUGAUGAGACUGAACUGCAGCGUUUGUUGGUGCUGAUAGAGCGUUUAGCGACAGAGAGUGGCGGGGCACCUCCUAGCUGCAGCAACCGGAGUAGUACGCAUGCAGCAAGUGCAACAUCUUCAUCUUCGUCAACCGGAACAUCAAGUACAUAUAGUGGUCGCCUCUCUAGCAAAGAACGUUGGGCUGUCUUCAAGCAUCAGCUAGAGACGGAAUUGGAUGAGGGCUACGACUGCGUGCUCGACGGAGCUAAUAUUGGCCACUGGGGCCAGAACUUCUCUGAUGGCAGGUUCUCUCUACUGCAAAUCCGAGCGAUGGUGGCUCAAUUGCGACAGCAAAAGAGGAAACCCCUGAUCAUCAUCCGCGAGCACUGGCUUCUUAAAGAGACUGAGGUGCAGGGUCACCUGGUCAAAGCGAAAAGGAGAAAGCUAGCACCACUAGAAAUGCCCAACGGAGAGAAAGUAGGCACAGGCACAGUAGAAAAGACUGCGGCAGAGGUGGAAAACGGCGUCGACGUUAUUGCAGCUGAGCCUGAGACGGACCAAAGGCCAGCAGCAGCAGAAGCUUCAGAGGUGGUACCAAAUAAGAUUGAAGACGAGGAGGUGUCUAGUACUGCGACAACUACAGGUCCUCCUCCUCCUGGUCCUCCUCAACAGGCGCUAUCAGUUGAAACUCUGCAGGAGCGCGUGCGCCCAUUGCGCCUCGACGAGUGGCAGCCACUAGGGCUGAGAUGGAGGGAAGAGCGCUGUCUUCUCGUGGCGCCAGCAAAGCUCAACGACGACUGGAUCUUCCUCUAUGUAGCUGUGUAUCUCUGUCUCAAGCAGAAGACUAACAAGAACAUCAACGGAAGUUGUGCCGAAGGGGAGGACGGAUCGAGCCUUUUGUGGUUGGUAUCCAACGAUCUGAUGCGAGACCACUUCUUCCGCAUGCGGCAGCACCCAAGCUUACUGCAGUGGCGAGAUCAACACUUGUGCAAAUACGGCGUAGGUGAUCAGUUUCUCACUUCGAUGGAUGAAGAGGUAGAGAUAGAGGACAGACAGGAGAAGGAAAAAGCGUUUGAGUUGUUUACGCCCCGCAGGUGGACCCCAAGCAUGCAAAAAAUUCACACCCAAGAGGCCAACGCGCACUCCUGGGUUCUGCCGUUUCUCCCGUCUGCGUUGGUCACAGUGAGUAAGGGCAAGCCUGGUGGGAAUGGCGAGGCACGAGGUCUGCAGCCAACUCAACUUGACAUGCGUAACCCCUUCAAAGGUUGGUGGUGGCUCAUUGCGGAAAGGAAAUCGACUUCGACUUCGACUUCGACUUCGACUUCGACUUCGACUUCGACUUCGACUUCGACUUCGACUUCGACUUCGACUUCGACUUCGACAGCUGCAUCUGCGUAGCACUAGAGAACCAGAACAUGAUCAACAUGAUUCAUUUUGGACAUUCUUCCAACACUUUACAUUUGUGGUCUGGUGUGCUGUGUGCAUAUUAUCCAUCUGUGAUCACGCAACCAUCAUGUUGUUGAUGUAGACUGUGACAGUACCUCAUCUCCACACUUUUCAAUCUCAACAAUACGAGAGUGCUAUAACACUUCUCCUGUCUGAAGAAACUUUCUUGCCGAUGAUGUUUUUGUGUUCGAAGAUGAUAUCACAAGAACAAAGAGAAGCUGUCUGCUGUCAUGAACAUGCAUUGACUUAUGGUGGUGAUACGUGAGCAUAGAUGUG